AUGCCUCUCGUAACAGCAGCAACCAAACUCCGGCGCUCCCUGGAGGACCCGAAUGCAUUCAUCGUCGCUCCGGGAGUAUAUGAUGGCCUUUCGGCGCGGAUGGCUCUGGCCGCGGGUUUUGAUGCUUUGUACAUGACCGGCGCCGGAACGGCAGCCUCCGUACACGGCCAGGCCGACUUGGGCAUCUGCACGCUGAACGACAUGCGCGCCAACGCCGAGAUGAUCGCGAACCUAUCCCCCGCGACUCCACUCAUCUCCGAUGCAGAUACAGGAUACGGCGGGCCCAUCAUGGUUGCGCGGACGACAGAGCAAUAUGCUCGCUCUGGCGUCGCUGGCUUCCACAUCGAAGACCAAGUCCAGACGAAGCGGUGCGGCCAUCUAUCCGGCAAACAGCUCGUUGACACGACCACCUACACGACCCGGAUCCGGGCCGCGGUGCAAGCUCGCAAGCGACUGGAGAGCGAUAUUGUGAUCAUUGCGCGUACGGACUCGCUGCAGAAGCACGGCUACGAAGAGAGUCUGGCUCGGCUGCGCGCGGCGCGCGAUGCAGGCGCAGAUGUCGGCUUCCUGGAGGGGAUUGACUCUCGCGAAAUGGCGCGCCAAGCUGUCAAAGAUCUGGCGCCGUGGCCUUUGUUGCUGAAUAUGGUUGAGCAUGGAUCUACGCCCUCUAUUUCGGCAGAUGAGGCUCGCCAGAUUGGGUUCAGGAUUAUAAUCUACCCGUUUGCUACUAUUGGGCCUGCGCUGGUGGCUAUGCGUGAGGGUUUGGAAAAGCUCAAGCGUGAUGGUCUGCCGGGCUUGGAUAAGGAGCUGACGCCGCAGAUGCUGUUCCGCGUGUGUGGCUUGGAUCAGAGCGUGCAGUUGGAUGAGGAGGCUGGUGGUGCUGCAUUCGAGGGCGGCGUUGACUUGCGGGAGACCUGA